AUGUUUCCAAUCGCUUCCGCGUCUUUUAAAUGCAUCGCGUCGACGCCAUUUUCAGCGUCUUCUCUCCAACCAAGCCACAGCCAGAGACUUUUUAGACAUUCUCCUCCCGUGGAAAGAAGAAGACAACAUAUCGCAGUUGUGAACGGGGCAUCCGAUGUUAAUAACGUAACUGAUGGUGGUACAAGCGACAGUCAUCGUUCUUUCAUCGAAAGAGAUGCAAACAAGUCCGCUCGCGUGCUGCAAAACCAAAAACCAUUGCGCUUCGGCUUCAUAGGUUGCGGAGCGAUGGCUGAAGCGAUGGCGAGAGGAUUCCUGGACUCCAAAGUCGUCCAAAGCGAAUCUAUCGCGUGCUACGGAGGAAAGAAUCAAACAAGCAACGGUCGAGCGUCUCUGUUCAAGGAAGAGUUAGGCAUCGAGAAUAUCGUCUCAAACGCCUCGGCAGUGUUGGACGAAUCCGAUAUAAUCUUCUUGUGCGUCAAACCAAAUAAAAUGUUGAGCAUAUUGGACGAGAUUAAACCGAGGGUCAAACCGUGGCACGUGUUUGUAUCUGUUGCCGCGGGUAUUAAAACAUCUGACAUUGAAAAGCAUUUAAAUAUUGGAACGAAUGCGAAAUCGAGCGAACGAGGACUCCAAGCUGAUGGGAGCAAUGGCAACUUAAAGUCUCGAGGUCUGUUCAAUCUUGGCGGACGAAAGAAAGAUAGCGAUAGCACUAGCAUGAAAUCUUACGAUUACGACGACGGCGAUGAUGACGACGACGACGACGACGAAUAUCAAAGUGAUAAGAUUAUAGCGGCGGCACAACUCGAAGGCGAAGAAGUUUUUUACGAGGAAGAUGCUGGGUUCAAUGAAAGCAAUGACAACAAUAACAAAAGCGAUAAGAAGGACAACGCAAACAACGACCUGCUGCCGACACCUUCGGUAGUCAGAGUUAUGCCCAACACGCCGUGUUUUGUAAGAGAAGGCGCGAUUGCGUGCUGUGGAGGGAAGACGGCGAGUCUAGCCACGGUGAAGAUGAUUUCAUCAUUAUUUUCAAAUCUUGGUUUAUCGGUCAUUGUAGAAGAAAGCCAGAUGCACGCCGUCGUCGGCGUUUCUGGUUCUGGACCAGCGUAUGUAUUUGCAUUCAUUGAAGCUUUGGCAGAUGGGGCCGUCUUGAAUGGUCUCCCUCGAAGUGUUGCGAUGAAACUCGCCUGUCAGACUGUAAUCGGCGCUGGAAAGCUUUGCCUCGAAACGCAGGUGCACCCGGGAGAGUUGAAAGAUAGAGUGUGCUCGCCAGGAGGAACGACAAUAUCGGCGAUGCGCCAGCUCGAAAAGAACAGAUUCCGCUCUGCGUAA